CUCUCGCGACACCUUCUGCUCCCUCCCAUGCCUCUAGACCAAAGCUGUCAAAACCAGCCAGCAAGUGCGCGUGCGCGCCCGGCGGCCAAAGUGGGCGGGAGGUCCCGAGGUCAGAAGCGGGGUCAGCGGGAGUCCCGGCCGUGCGGCGCGGGAAGAGGUCAGGGGCGGAGCGUGCUGUUGUCCUCCUCCUACAAUCGCAGCCUGUCCUCCUCCGGAGACAGCGUGGGGGGAGGCGGGGAGGAUUCAGGGGCGUGUCCAAACGUCUGCCACCGCCCCGGGCUCGUCCGUCUGCCGUGGCUUCGCUGUCUGGGUCUCGGUGCCCCUGAGUUCCCGAAAGGUUGCAGUCGCUGCGGUUGGGGCUCGGACAGAAGGCGAAUCCCGAGCGUCAGCGGAGCGCCGGUGCUGGCAGGCUUGGCCAGCCGACAGCAGGCACCCGCGGAGCGGCCAGUGAGUACAGGCUGCGCUCCACGAGCUUCUCGGCACGCUGCGUACGUGCCUGAAGGCAGGGACUGGGGUGCAGGGCUUGGCGAGAGACGCCGAGAUGUUUGUUUGCUACUAAUGAGUAUGAGCAAGUUAGAUAUUCUAUACCGGAGACUCCUCCUCACAAAACUUUUUAUCAGAGGAUGGGGAAGGCCAGAAGAUCUCAAAAGACUCUUUGAAUUCAGAAAGGUGAUUGGAAAUCGAGAAAGAUGUCAGACUUUGGUUUCAAGUGAUUAUCCAGUAUACAUCAAUAAGAUUGAAGAGCAGUCAGACUGUAAGAUCCUAGAUGGACACUUUGUUUCCCCCAUGGCCCACUAUGUGCCUGAUAUCAUGCCAACUGAAUCUGUUAUUGCAAGGUUCCAAUUUAUUGUACCUAAAGAAUGGAACAGCAAAUACAGACCUGUAUGUAUUCAUCUUGCUGGGACAGGAGAUCAUCAUUACUGGAGACGGCGAACACUAAUGGCUCGUCCUAUGAUUAAAGAAGCCCGAAUGGCUUCUUUGUUGUUGGAAAAUCCUUAUUAUGGCUGCAGGAAACCCAAGGACCAAAUAAGGUCCAGCUUGAAAAACGUAUCUGACCUGUUUGUGAUGGGAGGAGCUCUUGUUUUAGAAUCUGCAGCUCUCUUGCACUGGCUAGAGAGGGAGGGCUAUGGGCCUCUAGGAAUGACUGGAAUAUCCAUGGGAGGACACAUGGCUUCCUUAGCAGUAUCCAACUGGCCUAAGCCCAUGCCAUUGAUUCCUUGUCUGUCUUGGUCCACAGCAUCUGGGGUCUUCACUACGGGUGUACUGAGCAAGUCAAUUAAUUGGAGGGAGCUGGAAAAGCAGUACUAUACACAGACAGUUUAUGAAGAAGAAAUUAUUCACAUGCUUGAAUAUUGUGGAACAGAUUCUUUCAAAAUGGGACAAGAGUUCAUGAAACACUUCCCUAUCAGUGCAGACAAGCUAACUAACCUUAAUCUGGUUUCUAGAACUUUAAAUUUAGACAUGACAGACCAAGUCAUGUCCCAAAAACCUAGUGAGUGCCAGAAAUCUAGUAAAACAUCUACCAGUGCCACAUCAGGACUCUUGUUGCAAGAUACCUCUAAGAUGGAUUGCUUCAAUCAAACACUAUCAACAAACAGAAGUAGUUAUACAAAUUGCAAUCUUCAAUCAUACCACCUACUCAGAAGAGAACAAAGAAGAAACAAUCUUCAGAAAGAAUCUUUAAUCUUUAUGAAAGGAGUCAUGGAUGAAUGUACUCAUGUAGCAAAUUUCUCAGUUCCAGUUGACCCAAGCCUCAUUAUAGUAGUUCAAGCCAAAGAAGAUGCCUAUAUUCCACGAACAGGAGUUCGAAGUCUACAAGAAAUUUGGCCUGGUUGUGAAAUCCGUUAUUUAGAAGGAGGUCAUAUUAGUGCUUAUCUUUUUAAACAAGGACUCUUCAGACGAGCUAUCUAUGAUGCAUUUGAACGCUUUCUCCAUAAAUAUGCUAACUAAUUGAAUCAUUGUACAUAAGCAGUAUGACUAUCAUGUUUCUUACUAAAGGAUUUUGAUCCUUUCAUGAUGGGAAGAACAAAAAGAACACUGUGUAUCUGCUAUCAAUUU